GCAGCACACUUCCUUCCCGCGACAGAAAGAGAGCGGGGAAAUUUGAUAACCACUGACUACUGCCACGAAGUAACAUUAGUUUGGACUAGUUUUUGUACAUUGGUAAAAGUGUAGUUUGUGACAAUUUGUUUCGCGAAUUAAAAAGAGUUUAGUCAUUAAAACAUUAUCGAUAUAACCUGCCGUUUGACCCAAAAUGAGGACUUUAGAGGAGGUUCAGGCCACUCUGCAGAUCGCCAAGCUGAAAGAAGAAGAUCUACAGAAAACAAUCCACUGUCUGUCUUUUGGAGAACACGUUUCAUCUGCAGACUACUGCCUGAUGGAGUUGGACGACACAUUGUGCAAACACAUAGAGGCUGGAGAAAGUCUUGUGAUUCGAGGGGAUACUGACGAGCGUGCAGUGCUCUGUAGUGGUGACAAGACCUACGACCUAAAAAUAGCCGACACGUCCAACCUGCUGCUGUUUGUACCAGGAUGCAGAACACCAGACCAACUCACCAACAGCCAGGAGAGCUCUCAUGUGGUGCACACUCAGAUCUGGGGGUUUUGCAACAGCUACUGGGAGCUGAGGAAACAGCGUCCUAAACUGAAGAAACUGAAGAAGAUUUUAAUGGAGAAUCCUUAUGAAGGACCAGCUUUGCGGGGGCAGGAGGAGAGUACAGAAAACAGGUACACAAUGCAGGAUCUGUUGGAGAGGAUCCAGGCCAGUGAAGAGGAGCUAAAGACCCACUUGGAGACCAUCCAUGCCUGUCAGAUAGAUGGCUACUGGCGUGUGCUGGACUUCGACUACGAGAUGAAGCUGCUCGGUCAUGUGACACAGCUGGUGGAUUCUGAGUCCUGGUCCUCCAACAAGGUUCCCCUUCAAACCAGUCUGGAAGAGCUAGCUCCACUGGAGCCCAAAGAGAUGAUCGAGCACUGUUUGAACUGCUACGGGACACGCUACACUGAAAACGAUGAAGUUUUCUAUGCACUGCAUGAGGAUAAAGUGUGUCGGGGCCUGGCGCUAAUGCUGCUGCAGAACGCUGUCAAGUUCAACCUGAGGGAGUUUCAGGAGGUCUGGCAGCAGAGCGUCCCAGAGGGCAUGAGCACAAGACUGGACCAGCUAAAGAGCGUCGCCCUGGUGGACCGUAACUCCCGUCCAGAGACCAUCUGCCUGCUGCGGGUGGAGGACCUCCCAGAGGACACCCUGGAGCGCUUCAACCACCUCUUCACACUCAGAGAGAAAUGGACAGAGGACGACAUCACGCCAUACAUACAGGACCUGUGUGGAGAGAAACAGACCACCGGAGCUCUGCUGACCAAAUAUGCUCGAUCUUCACUGCAAAAUGGGAUCAAGGUCUUCAACUCCAGAAGACCUGUGGCUACAUGAACAUGUCCACUGUCACGUUUAAUUAAUCUAUAUUUGAGAAUUAAUGUGGUUAUGUUUAUUCUCAGAGUGACUUUUGCAACUCUCAAAAUUAUUUUAACUCAUAAUUGUCUAUAAAAAUUCCUUGUUAGCCCUGUGAACUAUCUUGCAGCAACUUGUAAAUAAUAAUAAAAAAAAACCCUUGUGUUUCUGUGUUUUUGUGACUAAAACUAAACAGCAUCUUUGUUAUUUCAGUUUUUUGUCUUUGUAAAAUGCUUCAUGUUGGUAAUAAAAUAAGAUUUCAUAUUAUCACAUGAAUGGUUUGCUCAGUCUUCUAUUUUCCUUUAUUAAUCUGAGUUGGACAAAUUAGCUCCUUUUUCAUUUCCAGCAAGAAAAUUGAACUACAAUUGUCAUAAACUUACCAGGUGCUGUGCUGAAGAUUGUCCACAAGGUGGUGCUCUAUGCUGAUAGUUUCAGUAUGAACUCCAUACACUGACUAGAUGAUAAAGUAUGUGCUGGCUGACAUCCAGCUGCAUUGUUUGUUGUGUACUGUAUUCAAAUGGCAAGAGAGAUCAUUCACAGAAUCACAGAUUAAUGACUUCUAAGUCUCAGUCACAUUUAGAGCUGAAACCACUUCACCACCAAUCAUCAAAAUUCAGCUACUCAAGUGUGAACAUUUUCUUGCUGUCUUUGUCUCCUUUCUUAGUAAACUGACUCAAAACAAGAUGUCACCAUCGAAUCUAGGCAUUUCUUUUGCCAACAUUUUACAGACCCCAAUACUAAAUGUAUGGCCAGUGGACUAAAUCUAGCCCACGAUAGGGUGCCACGUGGCCCCAAAACCAAAUUGAUUAACACAGGAUUUUUUUUUUUAACUUUUAAUGUAUACAAUGCGCUAGAAUGUAUUAAAAUGAUCAAAAUAGACCUUGUUUAUCAAAAUUAUACCAGGGAAGGACCCCCACAGACGACCCAACAGAGGUCCAGGCUAAGCCCCCAAUGUCCACAAACCCUUAAAACCUCUCUGUGUAUACCAUACCUGUUCAGGGCUGUUGCGACUGUCCCUUGACCCUCUGUCAUCUUGUAAGUGGCCCCCAAGCAAAGCCAAUUGAGUAUCCCUGUUGUAGAGUAAACAAUCUCCAAAAGUAAUCAGUGGUUAAUCAAUAAUGAGCCACAAAGAGCACAAUGCACUGCCACUCAUCUUUGCUUGACUACACCAUUCUCACUCCAGAGCUCCUAAGUAAUGGGCUGAACACAUUAUAUAUAAUGUACUGCAUGUACACAUCAAGAGACGUGGAACAAGUAAUGCUACAUUACCAAAUUGUUGGUUUUAUCUAUGAAUCAGAUCUUUGAGUUAAAAUUCAUUUUCUUUCACUAAAAACAAAGUUGUCAAGACAGUUAACUGAGGUGACUACAUUAAAGCCGCACAGAGUUGUUACACAGAGUGAAUCAUACAUGGUCAGCGUCUCUAGCUGAAUACAGGUCAAACACUAAAAUUACCUGCACUUGGUUGAUUGUUCACAGCAUGAUUAGAGCUGCUACAACACAUCUGAAAAGACAGCUCAACUUUAAUAACACUAAAAGGUGUUUAAUGUAAAUUGUAAAUACUAGAAACACGUAUUAAGACAAGAAAAAGGGGGAAAUGCUUUUUUGAUCAAGUUUAUACAUAAAGGUGAGACAGAGGAGAUGACAAUAAGACAUACAAGGUGACAAAUCAGGUUUAAACAGAUCAGAAUAGGUUCAGAAAGCAUUAAAAUAACACUAGACCACACUGGCUGCUAUAGGGGUGAAAUGUUCUUUCAGUCUAAAAUCUCAUUUUGGAUUUCUACAGAUCAUCUAAUGAAACCUGACCCCGUUUAAAUAAAAUUGAAUGUUUAUUUUCAACCAGUCCCGUCUGUGUUUCUCACGUUAAUUUGUGCAUGUGGUUUCCUCAGUGGUGCUUUUGUGUGACUCAGUGUGUGUUUAACAUCACCAGACUGUGUGUUUCUUUGCUAACACAACUGUCUGCAUGUGAAUCAGUGUUACCGACACAAGGAAGAGCUCAGCAGACAGAAGCUACACAGCGUUUUUUUUUUAACACAGAUACACACCUACUCACACACAUCUGUUUCCAAGCUGACUUUAUCUGCCCUGGCCGGCUGACUCACCCUGACAUCACCCCUCAGAGGAGUGCUGACUUAUCAGUUCAUAGGGUGGAGAGAUGCCAGCUGUCUGUGUGUGUGUGUGCGUGUGUGUGUGUGUGUGUGUGUGUGUGUGUGUGUGUGUGUGUGUGUGUGUGUGUGUGUGUGUGUGUGUGCGUGUGUGCGCGCGCGUGUGUGUGUGACAUGAUUAAUUCUUUUUACUUCAUCCGCUCCUCCGUAUGAUCUCCGCUCUGCUCUUCACCCA